AUGCCCCUCAACAGUGCUACCGCCGUCAGAUCUCGAGCCUUAUAUAACCGUAACAUGCCAAACGAGGUGGAAGAGGGGGAAGAGGGAAAAAGGGGGCGAGAGGAGGAGACACUACAAGUAGAAAAAGUAAAAGAAAAAGGGGGGAGAGAAAGAGGGGGGGGAAACAAGAGAGAAGAGCAACAGCAACAGCAAGAGCAACAGCAAGAGCAACAGCACAGCCACAGGAAGAACAACAGCAACAGCAACAGCAAGAGCAACAGCACCAGGAAGACCAACAGACAGCAACAACACCAACAGCAACAGCAACAGCAACAACAGCAACACCAACAACAACAACAACAACAAGACAACAGCAACCAGCAAGAGCAACAGCAAGAACAACAGCAACAGCAACAGCACCAGCAAGAGCAACAGCAACAGCAACAGCAACAGCAAGAGCAACAGCAACAGCAACAGCAAGAGCAACAGCACACACAGGAAGAACAACAGCAACAGCAACAGCAAGAGCAACAGCAACAGGAAGAACAACAGCAAGAGCAACAGCAACAGCAACAGCAAGAGCAACGGCAACAGCAAGAGCAACAGCAAGAGCAACAGCAACAGCAAGAGCAACAGCAACAGCAACAGCAAGAGCAACGGCAACAGCAAGAGCAACAGCAAGAGCAACAGCAAGAGCAAGAGCAACAGCAACAGCAACAGCAAGAGCAACAGCAACAGCAACAGCAACAGCAAGAGCAACAGCAACAGCAACAGCAACAGCAAGAGCAACAGCAACAGCAAGAGCAACAGCAAGAGCAACAGCAAGAGCAAGAGCAACAGCAACAGCAACAGCAAGAGCAACAGCAACAGCAACAGCAACAGCAAGAGCAACAGCAACAGCAACAGCAACAGCAAGACAACAGCAAGAGCAACAGCAACAGCAAGAGCAACAGCAACAGCAACAGCAAGAGCAACGGCAACAGCAAGAGCAACAGCAAGAGCAACAGCAAGAGCAAGAGCAACAGCAACAGCAACAGCAAGAGCAACAGCAACAGCAACAGCAACAGCAAGAGCAACAGCAAGAGCAACAGCAACAGCAAGAGCAAGAGCAACAGCAACAGCAACAGCAACAGCAAGAGCAACAGCAACAGCAACAGCAAGAGCAACGGGAACAGCAACAGCAACAGCAACAGCAACAGCAAGAGCAACAGCAACGGCAACAGCAAGAGCAACAGCAACAGCAACAGCAAGAGCAACAGCAAGAGCAACAGCAACGGCAACAGCAAGAGCAACAGCAACAGGAAGAACAACAGCAACAGCAACAGCAAGAGCAAGAGGAACAGCAACAGCCACAGCAAGAGCAAGAGCAACAGCAACAGCAACAACAGCAACAGCAAGAGCAAGAGCAACAGCAAGAGCAACAGCAAGAGCAACAGCAACAUCAACCAGCAACAGCAACCAUCAACAUCAACGAGGCUGAAUGGACAGACAGACAAACACAUAAAGACACGGACAGAAAGGCGUGACACGCCAUGA